AUGGCAAGGAAGAACAAGAAUAACAAGAACAAAGUCAAGUCACCCCGCCUACCUCCCCUUUUCAUCACGCCCACGCUGCGUCCGAACCGCCCACCUCGCCUCACUUCCUCGAGCUCUUGCUGCGCCCGUGGACUGCCCCCCGACUGCGCUCCCCCAACCCACGCCGCUGCGCACACCGGUAUUGCGAGUUGCAUACCUUCGCUCAGUACUGCAGGGAACUUGUAUGAAGAGGAACCAAAGAUUCUCGACCUCGAGAGGAAGGCCGCCCUCCUGCCGCGGCCACGUCUGCGGCAGGCUCUGACGUCACAAAUUGGAUCUCAAAACUGUUCGUUCAAAAGAAACGUUUGGGCGCAGGUGUUCGUUGUUGGACGGUUGGUAGUCUACCUGCUCAGGCGGAGCGGCGGGCGCGCGGGCGGCCCCCGCCCCGGCGUCGGGCCCGCCCGCGCCGCCCGCAUUUGCGCCGCGCCACAGAGUGAAGGACUUUACGGAUGCAAACUCCCCGGUGCUUCCCCUGCCCACGCCGCCGCUGCCGCGCCCGCGAGGCCGCCCAAGCCUCUAGGUUUAACGCCUCUCCCACCCCGGCUGACGGGCUGCCGGGUGCAGCCGCACCUCCCGGCCCGCACGCGCGCGCCACACGCCCUCCUGCAGGCGUCUCUGUGCUGCUGCCCGCCACGCCCUCCUGGUGCUUGGUUCGCGCCGCCCUCCCCCCCACGGCAGCCGCCGCCGCCGCCCUUCGCCCCCGCCGGCCCCCGAGCGCCAGGGCGUGGAGGCGGCGGCGGGAGCGGGCGUGGCGACAGCGCUGGGGAUGGCGGCCCGAACAGCUUCAAUACGCACCAUCAUGUUCCACACCCGACAAAACAUCUUCAACAUCUUCAUUUGCGACGCGAAGUUAUAUCAAAGAAGUUUAAACUGUAA